UCUUCACCUUCACCUGGAAUCGUCCUGCAGAAUUAACUCUGUGAAAUGAUUUUAGCGCUGAUCAGUGCUGAGCUUCAGGACUGGAGGAGGAGCCAUCAGCAGAAAAACACACCUGUGGAGAGAACAAAGCAUCGGGUCGCGUCCCAUUUUCAUUAAACAUGCCUUCAGAGAGAGAAGCCUGGAUGAGGUGCCUUUUAACAGAGGAUCGUCCCUGAGAGCUGGGGACUGGAGCAUCUGUUACACCGCGUCUGUUACACUGAGUCUGUUAGACUGUCUGUUACACCGAGUCUGUUAGACUGUGUCUGUUACACUGCAUCUAUUACACUGCAUCUGUUACACUGCAUCUGUUAGACUGUGUCUGUUACACUGAGUCUGUUACACUGCAUCUGUUACACUGCAUCUGUUACACCGCGUCUGUUACACCGAGUCUGUUAGACUGUGUCUGUUACACUGCAUCUAUUACACUGCAUCUGUUACACUGCAUCUGUUAGACUGUCUGUUACACUGAGUCUGUUACACUGCAUCUGUUACACUGCAUCUAUUACACUGCAUCUGUUACACUGCAUCUGUUACACUGUGUCUGUUACACUGCAUCUGUUACACUGCGUCUGUUAGACUGUGUCUGUUACACUGCAUCUGUUACACCACGUCUGUUACACUGCGUCUGUUAGACUGUGUCUGUUACACUGCAUCUGUUACACCACGUCUGUUACACUGUCUGUUACACCGCGUCUGUUACACCGCAUCUGUUACACCCCAUCUGUUAUAUUGCAUUUGUUACACUGCAUCUGUAACAUCACGUUUCUAACACAUCUGUCUGUUAAUGUGUCUGUUACACUGCACUUAUAACACCACAUCUGUUACACUGCAUCUGUAACUCUGGAAUCUGGAACACUGUGAUUGUAUCACUGUGUCUGUUUAAACUGCAUGUGAACACUGCAUCUGUAACACCACCUCUGGAGCACUGCAUCUGUAACACCACCUCUGGAACACUGCAUCUGUAACACCACCUCUGGAACACUGUGUCUGUGUUAAACAGAAAUGGCAUCCCCAAAAUCAGGCUCCAUCUCGAACCCCCCGCCAUCUAAACUGCGCCGCACCAAGAGCAAGAAGAAACACUUUGUCCAUCAGAAGGUGGAGGUGUUCAGGGCCAGUGAUCCUGUACUGAGUGUCUUCAUGUGGGGCAUCAAUCACACGGUCAGUGAUCUGGUUCAUGUUCCUGCGCCGGUGAUGCUACUGCCUGAUGACUUUAAAGCCAACAGCAAGAUCAAAGUGAACUACCACCUGUUCAACAAAGAAAACCUGCCUGGACACUUUAAGUUUAAGGAGUACUGCCCGCAGGUUUUCCGUAACCUCCGAGAGAGAUUCGGGAUCGAGGAUCAGGAAUAUCAGGUGUCUUUAGUGCGCAGUUCCCCUCUGAAGGACAGCGAGAGUCAGGACGAACAUCUCCUGCUCUCCUCACACAACCGAUUAUUGAUGAUCAAACAGAUUUCCAGUGAGGAAGUGGAGGAAAUGCACAACAUCCUGUCUGAAUAUCACCAACACAUUGUAAAGAGUCAUGGCGUCACACUGCUCCCUCAGUUCCUCGGCAUGUACCGUGUUACCGUCAACAAUGAGGACACCUACUUCAUCAUCAUGAGGAACAUGUUCAGCCACCAGCUGACCAUCCACACAAAAUACAACCUCAAGGGCUCUUUAGUGUCUCGUGAAGCGAGUGAUAAAGAGAAGGAGAAAGAUCUGCCCACCUUCAAGGACAUGGACUUCAGGAACAACAUGCAGCGGAUUUACAUCAGUGAUGAAGAGAAGGAGAAGCUCAUGGAGAAGCUCAACCAUGAUGUAGAAUUCCUCGUGAGGUUGAAGCUCAUGGACUACAGCCUGUUGUUGGGGAUUCAUGACAUGGACAGAGGCGAGCGAGAGGAAGAGGAGGAGGAUGAAGACUCUGUGUGUGAGGUGGAGGACGAGCAGGAAAACGACGUGUCCGUGGUAGCCUCAGCAUCUCUCAGCAUGUCACCUGAGGGCGGGGCCGGUUCUGUUCCCGCCCGUAAAACCAUCGCUCCAGCAGAGUUUGAUCCGUUUGUGGAUGUUUAUGGCAUCCAGAGUGCAGCCGGAGCGCCACAGAGAGAAAUUUAUUUCAUGGGGCUCAUAAACAUCUUAACUCAUUAUGACACCAAGAAAAAAGCAGCACACGCUGCAAAGACCGUCAAGCAUGGAUCGGGGGCGGAGAUCUCUACAGUUCAUCCUGAGCAGUACGGCAAGAGAUUCCUGGAGUUCAUCACCAACAUCUUCACUCACUGAGCUUUUUUUAUCAUUAGUACUUUUAUUAGCAGGAACAGAGAGAGAGAGAGAGAGAGAGAGAGUUAAAUUACUGAGUCACAGCUGUGUGCCUUAGCUGUUAUAGGGCUGGGAUUUAAACUCACAACCUUCUGCUCACUAUAACUGAACACGAACCACUGCUUAUACAAAAUGUUGAAAAUGAAAAGAAAAUGUAAUUCACUGGUAAAUUAUUUUUCUGUACCAUGUCAUAUCUCUAUCAAUUUAUCCUGUGGAAUAUUCUGCUCU